GCACCGUGCAAGCAGUUUUUUAACCUUGCAGGUGCAGUGCGGUUAUGUCUGCGAUACCGGUCGAGUCUGGAGUCUGCGGUCGUUGUUGUGCAUCAAUAGAAGAGCUGAGUGGGCUGCUGUGGCAUGCGGACAGAUCGAAUAGGGCGUAUAGCACAUCACAGUUUUAGGAAAUAGGACGAAGAGGUCUUAAACUCUUAGAAAUACAUGGAAAUCUAUCAAGAAUGAUUGAGCAUGCGGUAAAUUUAAGGCAGACCCUUAAAAUGUUUUGGGUGUAUUUUUGACAACAGCAGAAAUAAACAUUUGUGUGUCUUGUCACUACAUCUUAUGCACGAAUUUCCUGUGAGCGACAUCACCGUUCUGGGAUUUCGCUAUCUGGAUGUGGGAUACGUAAGGACUUAAAAGUAAGUCCUCGGGAUGGGUGGGGUUCUCUAUGCAGCAAAGAGUGCGGGAGGGGGGCGAGACGACAACGGACGAGGUGCGAGGAAGUGAGAAUCCUCCUGGAUGGUGGGUCAACAGAUACACUACGAAAACAAGAAAUAAAUUGACAGCUUAAAUACCCAAAGGAUACUGUUUUUCCUCCAUUUAUCUUCUGAAUAUGUUGAGGGCCCUGGCAGGAAUCUGUUUGCUUCAUCUUACUACAAUUUUCUUCCUCUUUUGGGCAACCAUAGAUGAUGCUUGGUGGUUUACAAGUACACUUUACACAGACCUGUGGGGCAGAUGGGUGAUGGAGAAAAAUGACAAUGUUUGGGUGUACAUGGACAUACCCACAUCUUACCGGAAAGACUAUCUGCAGGCGGUACAGGCGUUUGCAGUGCUGGCCUGCCUGUUUGCGGUUAUCUCUCUGUGUGUGUUCAUAUUCCAACUCUUUACUCUGGGUAAGGGACAGCGGUUCACCAUCUCUGGUGUAGUGCAACUCAUCUCCUGUUUCUGCAUAAUGGUGUCUCUGUCAAUCUACACUGAUCAUUUUCACAGAGGUGAGAAGGAUGGAUGGUAUGGCUGGUCUUACAUCAUGGCCUGGUUUGGCUGGCUGCUGACCUUCUUUACGGGAAUUAUGUACAUCAUCCUGCGCAAGAGAGUGGAUUAAACUUCAGCCCUUGCUCUCAGUGCAAAUCUGUAGCAUUGGGUAUUCUCUUGUCAUGUAAACUUUACAGUGGACUACGAGUAAGUGUAAGUCUAGGUGCAAUAGGUUAUACAUAAAAUAUGUCUUAAAUGUUCCAGGUCUGUUAGAAUUGUCAGAACUUGUCCAACUAAAGACAACAUCUGCACUCAUUUAGCAAAACUUAGUCUGCCAAUGAGAAAAGCUUUACUCAGCAUUUGAAGAAAAGUGAUAAAAAAAAGAUUGAGAUGCAGAGGAUUGUUUUGAUUUUCUAGUUAUAUAAAGCAAUGAGAGGGUGUGAAAACUUUAGUGUGUGUAAGUAUUUAAGUAUGGUUAAGAUGUGAAGAGAUAGUAUAUUCAAGAAUGACAUGUAAAAAAUGUAUCUAUAACAUGUAUAAAGAGAAAACAAGUUGUGUAUAUAUAAAGUAUACAGAAAAAUAUCUAAAUGUAAUCAGAGUGUAGUUUUAAACUUUCCUCAGAGAACGAUUUUUUUCUGUUGAACAUCACAUGCACUUUAGAGACACAUAUAUAGGUUUAUUUUGGUUUGAGUUGAAUGUUUGUUCUGACAUUGGUUCUCUAUGUCGGUGUAUUUCUUUUCAAUGGAGUUUUGUUUUCUUGUAAAUGGCAAUAGCAAUAGCACAGGAUAGCCUCUAGAAAUGCAUUAUGGUGCUGUUAUUUUUUUUAUCACUUUCUCAUGUAGAGUUCUAAAUCCGCAAGUCAUUUUUGUAAUUUGACUGUACAAAAGCUCUGCCACCAUAUUUACAGAACUAUUUCCCUGUGACUUGUGCAACUCAAGGUGGAGAAAGUUUAUGUUGACAAUAACAUGUGUCAUGUUGCUAUGCCAUUAGCAUGGAUACGAAGGAUGUUUGUGUGGUCAGAUGAUCACCUUGAGGAUUCUAUGAUUCUGUUUCUGGAGCACGGAAUGUUCCGAAAGACUUUGCUUUCACAAUCUUAAAUGUAAUUUAUACUUUUUUUGUUGCAUCACAAUGUAUUUUUAAUCAAACAAUUCAGUAUUCUCUCAAAGAAGAAGCUCCUCAGAGUAUGGGGGUCUAAUUUAUGGUGUUUUUGC